AUGAUCAACUUUACUAAGAUGAUCAACUUCACCUUAUGCUCGACCAAUCGAGUAAAGAGCCUCCGCAAGGCGGUUCUGGCACUGUUCGUCGUUGCCUUGGCUGUAUCAGCCUUUGUGAGCUGCGGCUUACCAACUGAAAAUGAGAUUGUGGAGCAACCCGGAACUCCUCCUCCUCAGUGCCCUGCACCCCCCCCAACACCUACGCGUCCCUGUGAGACCUCUGCGAACGCUGCUAGAGUCGUAACCCAACAACGUCUCUGGGCCGCAGCAGAUGCGAUGAGGGCUGCGGAAGAUGCAGCGAGAGCUGCAGAAGACGGGGAAGCUCAGGCGACUCAGCAAGAGCAAGGAAGCAGUGAGGAGACAGCCCCUGCACCUGCACCAGCAGAAGCCUCCACGGAGACUCCUGCUGCUGCGCCGGAGACGACACCGGCUGCAACUGCUACGGAGGAGGAGAGAGAGACUGAGGCAAAUAGCCCAGCCGAAGCAGCCGAAGCCACUCCAGCCGAGGCUGAGAGGGAAGUUUCUCCUGCGUCUGGUUGCGAGGAGACAACAAGAAGAGAGCAAGGAGACUCUUCUUCUCGUCCCCCAAGACCCCCCCUUUGCGAGGCCCCCCCCGCCCGCUACAGCAAUGAUACUGAAGUCCAAACGGAACCCUACCCCGGUGGACCUUACUAUCUACUAGUACGCGGAGGACGUGGAGCCCGGGUGUAUCCCCGCCGGCCUGUUGUGAAUGAGGCAUCUCUCCUCUCAAACCCAGACUAUCAUAACCAUACUAACCAUAACAACGUCAACCACCCGCAAAGGACAAGGGGUUUGACUAACGGUCGCGGGAGAGGGGCUUAUCUCAAUGGCAGGCAAAACGUCUGGAAUAUAAACCAAAUUCCUGGGCAGUUCCCUCAUCAACUAAUACAGCAACAGCAAGCACAGCAACAACACAGCACACACUCACCACACAACACGCAGCAACCACACAACACGCAGCAACCACACAACGCGCAGCAACCACAGAAUACGCAGCAACCACACAACACACACCAACAAUACAACACGCAGCAGCACAGACAAUCACAGCAACGCCAACAGGCACAGCACUACCCACAACGCCAGCAAUCAUAUCCGCACUCACAGCCACGCCAGCAAUCAUAUCAGCAACCACAGCCACGCCAGCAAUCAUAUCAGCAACCACAUGCACGUCAGCAAUCACAGCAGCAACCACAGCCACGCCAGUACAUAGUACAGCCGCACCCACGGCAAUACCAGUACACACCGCAGCACUCACGGCAGCACCAGUACAUGCACCAACACGAGCAAUCACGGCAGCAACCACAGGCAAACCAGCAAACACAACCACAAACACAGAAACAAAAGCAAACACAAGGACAGUCCCAGGAACAACAAUCCCAGGAACAGCCACAGCCAAAAAAGAAAUCAAAAGAACAGCCAGAGACGCCGCAGCAACCCCGCGAAGAAAACGAAUCGCAACAAACGCCUGAACAGCAACCUGAGCAGCAGCAGGAGCAGUCAGAGCAGCAGGCUCAGGCUAAGCCCAGCGAGGGCGAGGCUGAGAAAGAACAGGAAGACCCCAACGAACUGCGCAAGCCCAGAAUAAAUAUCUCGCGAGACUGGGACAAGUAUGAGGGCCCUUACCUUUACCCUCAUCUCCCUACGGCCCCCCAGCAUUCUAUCCCAUACGACCCGUUUAGACGUCCGCUGCAUACCCACGAGCCGCGCCGUUUCGAGUUGCAGCUUUUGAGAGAUCUUGACGACCGCGUCACGCAAAUACAGCAGCAGCGAGCUGAGCAAAGAGCUGAGGAAAGGAGAGAAAAGAAGGAGCAGGCGGAUAAAAAACAGAAGGAACGCGAACAAGCUGGAGAAGGUGGACAAAAAAAGAAGCAGCAAGAAACCAAUGACACCCCAAAUGGGGAGCCAAAACCGAAGAUACCGCAAAGGAAACAGCCCCAUGAUGCUAGCCAGCCUAGAGGGCUUAGGCCAGGAAUGUCUCAGUCCUUUGCUCAGCAGCGAACGCAUCUGAGAAAGAGAGAAGAGCACCUGGAGACUCAAGCGAGGAUCUUGGAGCUACAGCAGCAGCAGCUGAACGAGCGGCUAGAAUCCCAGCGAGCCAGGCGGGCCUCGGAUGCAUCAAGGGAUGGCAGUGAGGAGAAGAGUGGCUCUCAGAAGUCCAGCGAAGCUGAUGAUGAGUUGCUCCGUCGGGAUAUGCAGAUGCGGCGAGCCCUGCUGGAGCAGCAGUGGAGAAAUCUGAGACAAGAUCAAGCUUAUGUGGAUCAGAGGCAAGCAUACUUGGAGCAGCCUGUACAGCCGAACAACCGGAACCCAGCCCCUUAUUACCAGAGGCGCUGGCAGCGACCACGGUUCCCUGACGCGAGCCAGCUCGAGAUGCAGCACGUGUGUCUCGAGCAGCAGCUCCGAGCGCUGCAGGAGCACCAAGAUGUUGUCAACCGUCACCAAGGAAGGUGGCAACACCCCAAGUUCAUCGAGCAACGCAUAAACUUACUGAGGAAACAACAUGAGUAUCUCGGGGAGCUGCAGAAGAAGCAGAAGAGAAUGCAGGAGGAGCGUCAGAGGCGGCAGCAAGCCAAAGCCAACAACAAAGAUGAGAAUGGCGACGACAGCGACGAUGAGAAGAAAGCCAAAGACGGAAAAAAAGAGAAGAAAGCCAACGACGGCAAAAACGAGAAGAAAGCCAACGACGGCAACAACGAGAGGAAAGCCAACGACGGCAACAACGAGAGGAAAGCCAACGACGGCAACAACGAGAGGAAAGCCAACGACGGCAACAACGAGAAGAAAGCCAACGACGGCAACAACGAGAGGAAAGCCAACGACGGCAACAACGAGCAGCAAUCCAACACCAACAACAACGGUGGCAGCUCAGGUGAAAACAGAGAAAACAAGCCAACUGACAGCAAUGGCGGCAACUCAAAUGAAAACAACGGCAGCAGCUCAAGUGGUGACAAGGACGAUGACACCCCGUCAUGGGUGCCUGAUCCUAGCCCUCUUGGUUUCUAUGACGGCUCCGGUUUGUGGAUUCCCUAUGGAAUGGAGGAUCAUCACAAGCAGCAGCUGGACAAGGCUCGCCAGAGAGUAAAAGAAGAGCAUGAUGCACUUCUGGAGCAGCUCGAAAAAAUUUGUGAACACAAUGAUAAGUUUGCAUCAGGCAAGAGCUACGAAGAAAUGAUGGAGCAUAUUCCUUGCCAGCAUCAAUCUCAAGGAGGAAGGGGUCACCACGGCUACAACCGACCCAGAGGUGUUAUGUCUGGUUCACCCUUGAUCAUCCCCGGGGGCAUAAGCAACGACCGCCCACAGAACAGCGUCAUACACUUUCGAACCCCUGUCAACGCCAACGGAGUUCCCCUUCAUAUUUUCCGGGAUGAUGUUGAGUUCGCAAGAGCUGUGUGGAGGCGUAUGUCUGCAAAGCUGAGGCACCAGAUCUUCGUGAUAAGGGAACAAUGCAGACGCAAAGACGAACGUGAAGCUCGAGAGAAGCGAGAGGAAGAGGAAAAACAGAAGCGAGAGAAAAAGCAAGAAGAAGAGCGGCAGAAGAAGGAAGAAGAGCAAAACGAAAAGCUGCAGCACAAGGAAGAGCAGCAAGAAGAGAAGCCGCAGCAGAAAGAAGAGCAGCAAGAGGAGAAGUUGCAAAAGAAGGAAGAGCAGCCAGAGGAGGAGUUGCAGAAAAAGGAAGAGAAGCCAGAGGAGAAGCAGCAGAAAAAGGAAGAGAAGCCAGAGGAGAAGCUUCAGAAAAAGGAAGAGAAGCAAGAAGAGAAGCAGCAGAAAAAGGAAGAGAAGCAAGAAGAGAAGCUGCAAGAGAAGGAAAAGAAGGGAGGAAAGCAGCAAAAGAAGGAUAAGAAGAAACGGCAAGCGGCAGCAAAUGCUCAGCCUGCAGGAGAGAAGAAGGAAGAGAAUAAUCUUCCCGAGAAGAAACAAGAAAAGGAGGAGGAGCAGCAGGCUGCUGCAGCAGAGAGCAACAAAGUGCAGCAGGAGAAAGCAACUUCAUCGUCCAGCUCUUCACCCCCAAAAACAAAUGAAGCUCAGGAAACCACGAGAACCGAAGCGAACGCAUCGGCAACAGAGGCCCCAAGGCCACCUGUUGUAUCUCGUCCUGUAAAUGAUGAAGACGCAGCCUUUGAAGGCCUACCAAUCCUAGACCUAAACGCCAUACGCUUUCGCACCCCAAGGGAACAGACAGGAGGAAGCGGGCCCAGCUCUGCACCACCUCCUCCUCCUCAGAGUUCAUCGAAUGGAUAUAUCUCAGAAGCAUUAGAGGAUUUAUAUAGAGCACUGAGAUCUGUUGAUCCCCGAGUACAGUCUACAGAUCAACCAGAGGUAGCACAAAAUUCUACAAUUCCUUUAUCUCUGCGUUACAACCCCGCCAUGGAGGAGCUUGUAACACAACACGUUGCUGAUCUACUCAGAGAACACAGGGCGAGAUAUCGUGGACCCACCAGGCGUAAUGCAUACCAAAGAGGAGCCAAUGCAAAUACACAGAGUGGAGCAGAUGGCAAUGGUGAUGCAGAAGAAGAUAUACAACCACGUAUACGUCUAUUCCAGUUGUUGCAAGCAAGAUACAGGAACCAGAUGGAGCAAAGAAUCACGGAGAUUCGUAAACUCAUCACAGACGCGGUGACAGCUCAGUCUAGAGCAGCCAAUGCAUCUCAGCAAUCUACGGAGGAUCAGCAGAACAAAGCCUCUGAAACCUCUACUGACCAAGAGACCAAGACCCCCUCUCAGGACUCGAACAAGCCUGAACAAGAAGCUGCUGCUGAGCCCCCUAAGGACUCCAGCAGCCCUCAACAAGAAGCUGUUGCUGAGCCCCCUCAAGACUCCAACAGCCCUCAAGAAGAAGUUUCUGCUGAGCCAGAGCCAGAGGCCGUUGAGAAUGUUGUUGCGGAGACAGCCGGAGAAGAGCAAGGAAUACAGGAGACACGAGAAGUAGAAAAUGAUAACACAACACAAGAUGAUGAAAUUCCCAUUUGUCGUAAUAAUAACUCCAGAGCUUCAUCUUAA